GGGAUGAUGGACGUUGAUAUCGGUACGCUACCAGUACACUCCAGAAAGACGCAGCACAAGUGAAGUGUUCUCAUUUUAUCACUACCUUCCUUCCUCGCUCGCUCGCUGCUCUUCGAAACCCUUAUCUCACGUGAGAUCUCACGGACCUCUCGCCAUCCAUGGUUCAUAUGUAAAAUUUCAGUUUCUAGAAGAAAACGCAAGCGCCGGCGACACGGUCAAUAUCCCUAAAACCUUCUUCACCGACAGAGAUGCUGAUAAAGGAAGAAGAAGGAGAGAAUGAAUGCCAUAGCGAUAUGAAUCCCCCAAAUCCCUCCUCCUCCUCUUCCACCGCCACCAACAGAGAUGCCUCCGAUGGCUUUGAAACUGCUAGCGAAGGCGAACUCAACGACGACGAAAUCCCUCAACAACUCCAUCUCCAAGACGAACAACAAGAAACUCCCUCUCCGAACGAUGACGACGUUGAAUCGAAGCAGAAAGCGUUUGAAGAAGCAAGUGAUGUGAAAAUUGAAGGAAAUAGACUUUUUGGCAGUGGGCAAUACCAGGAGGCACUAACACAGUAUGAGCUUGCUUUACACCUUGCACCUGAUAUGCCACUGUCUGUCGAAUUACGUUCCAUUUGUCAUUUAAACAGUGCAGUAUGCUUCUCGAAAUUGGAAAAGUACGAGGACGCAAUCAAGGAAUGCACAAAAGCGCUUGAACUCAAUCCUUCAUAUAUGAAAGCUCUGCUUAGAAGAGCAGAAACUCAUGAAAAGCUCGAGCAUUUUGAAGAGGCUAUUGUUGAUAUGAAAAGUGUCUUGGAACUGGAUCCUUCAAAUGACCAAGCCAAAAUGGCCAUUCGCCGUUUGGGGCCACUAGCUGAAGAAAAGAGAGAAAAGAUGAAAGAGGAGAUGAUAGGGAAGCUGAAAGAAAUGGGCAACUCGCUUUUGGGCCGUUUUGGAAUGAGCGUCGACAACUUUAAAGCAGUCAAAGAUCCAAACACUGGCUCAUAUUCUCUUUCAUUCCAACGCUAGCACAGUUGUGUCCAUAUCCUUUAACAAUGAGGGAGGAAUGGGUGUGUAGGCAGGAUUGUUAUUUACAAGUAAAUGCUGAGCUGAGAAAAUCAUUUGUGGCUAGUAGUGAUUGCUUUCGUGAAUUUUAAGCCCGUACGGUUUCUAUAUAUGGAUGAAAUCGGCACCAUUGCAGUUUGUUUAUGAUCUUCUUUACAUUUAUUACCAUGUAAAUGAGACUUGGAAUGAGAUUCGUUUCAAACAAUGUGGGUUCUGGGUUGAAAGUGAUUGAUAUAUAAAUCCUACAAUCGUAAUUGGGUUA